CUAUGAGAAGAAACAGCAGCCGUACACAAGGACAAACGUUCGUGCAAAAAAAAACAAACACACACACACAUCGGAGUGAAACAUGCCAAGCUUACUGCCCGGCACCAACGAACUGGACAACAUGAGCAAAGAGGAGAGACCACCACAAGCUCAGAGGAAAGACUUCAAGUGGAGGCUUCAAUGCAAAUUCGCAAAGUCCCCAAUGGCAGAAAAGAUUAAACCUGGUGAGACUCUCCUCUGGUCCCAGUCACUGGAAGCUCUUCUCAAAUCCAAAUAUGGUAUGGCAACCUUCCAGGCCUUCCUGAAAUCUGAGUUCAGCGACGAGAACAUUGAAUUCUGGCUGAUCUGUGAAGACUUCAAGAAGAUCCGAUCUUCCAGACUCAGCUCCAGAGCCAAGAAGAUCUUCGAUCUCUACAUCCAGGCUGAAGCACCCAAAGAGAUCAACAUCGACCAUCAUACCCGGGAAGUCAUCAGGCAGAAUGUUCAGGCUCCUACCAGGUUGUGCUUCGAUGAUGCGCAGAAGAUUGUGUUCGGUCUGAUGGAGAAAGACUCGUACCCAAGGUUCCUGCGGUCGGACAUCUACAGAACCCUUCUGGAAUCAGUCUCGAAUAUCAUCAGCAUAUGACUGACGUGACUUGAAGGGGAAAAGAAACAUGGAGGACAUCUUUACUCUUCUCUAAGGACUACAGCAAGCAGAGCUGGACUGGCAGACUGAGGAGAUCUGGUGGCUUGGUGGCUCAAAGAGCUCAUGGCCAAGUUGCUCAUGACCAAAGAACUCAAGGUCAAAAGGCUCAAAACCAAAGAGGUCAAGGUCAAAGUCUGGAUUGUUCUAAACAAUGCCGAACCUCAAGACAGUGGCAGUUUCUACAUUGGAAUGGCUUCAGCUUCCUGUUUCUGUUGCAUUGCUGUACUACUACACUACUCAAGUGUCAGAGGAAUGUGCUCUCAAAGGAAACUGCACUUCCUUUCUAAUUUGAGUCACCUUAACCAAUCUGUGGGGUCCCUGAGGGGGUCGGAACUUUUCUGAGCAGGGGGAAGUCCUCGCAGUAAUCUCUGUAGACCACUUCCUUCCAUUGGGCUUGAUUUGAAUGGAAGAAUGUGAUGAAGACGAAGAUCAUGUGUCUAUUGUAGUGCAAUGUUUGAGAACAAGGGUGCCCAAAGAGUUCCUGAGGGGGCUAGGUGUAAUGUUUUAAUGUUUUAUUCACGGUCGGGUCCAGAAGUUAAACCACUGAAACAUAUAGAAACAUAUAGAAAGAUAUAGAAACAUAUAGAAAGUAGGGGUGUGCAAUAUUUAAUCUAAUCACAGUAUUAUUUUCUGAGUAUAUUGUGGAUAUCGUUGGUGCGUAAAGAACCAUGACCAAAUCCCCAACACAUUUUUUUUAUUGAAGAAAGUAUCAUUUGUCCUGUUUAUUUGGAUGAAUCGUUGCAAAUUUUGAAUCAAAACCAAUAAUUAAACAUUUUACAAAAAUACGACAGUAUUUCCAUAGCAGUUUUUGACUUUUUAACUUCUACAAUGGUGAUAAAUAUCGUCUUUAAAUAUCGUGUAUAAUAUCUUAUUUAUCAUAUUGCCCACCCCUACAUUGUAAUGUUAGACUAUCAUUUGCGUAGGCGUAACUAUUAUAAAAUAAUAAGAUUUAAUUGAUAAGAGAAGCUAAAAAAAAAGUAAAAUUAGAUUAUUAAAGAAAAAUAAUGGUUCACAAUAAACAGGUAUGUUUCCUGCUGGAGCAGGGUUAAACAAUACUGGUCUAAAAUAUAUAUGCUUAAAAAAAAAAAAAAAAAAUAUAUAUAUAUAUAUAUAUAUAUAUAUAUAUAUAUAUAUAUAUAUAUAUAUAUAUAUAUAUAUAUAUAUAUAUAUACUUGAGCCAGUCCAUAGUGCUUCCAAUCCAAAUCCCAAGUUUCAAUAACAUUGUACUAGAUUGUAGAAAUGUAGAAGACCAUCUAUUUGCUUCUUUAUUAGACUUAUUAAGACUUAUUAAGACUUACAAUUAAAAUUACAAUUUAUUACAGAUUAAUGAUGGAAAUGUGUAUAAAGUGUACAACGUUUUUGUAAGCUUUAACUUAAUUUAAUUGAAUGUGUAGAAAAUCACAUCAACCCUAGAAGUGGUUCUAUAUGAAAUGAUGUACAUAAUCAUUGUGAUUGUGUGUCACUAUGUGUAAGCUAAACCAUUGUAAAUAUAUUUUAAAUAUGUUUUUUUUAUUUGUUACUACUGAUUUAAAUUAUGAGUGUAUUUCACUGGCUGAAAGUUUCCCACUCUGUUUAUGUGCGCAUGUUUCUACUCGCCUGUGGCUUGAGAAUUUCUGAAUAAAUCUUUAAAGCAAAGCUGAAAA